UUGAAAAUUCGGCUGCAGCUGUCGUCUUUGCAUAGUUAACUCGCUCGAGAUCACACGGUCUAAUCUCCUCCUGUGGUAGACUAGUAUAAGAGACAUGGCGAUGUCGAUCCGUUUCGUCUCGUCAAGAAACCUCAACGUGCUGCCUGACAGCCUGAGAGAAGCAAGAAAGCAGUAGGCACCACACUCUUGCUCGCUAGCUCCGGUGCUAGCUGCAGAUCAGGGAGAGGGGGAGAGAGAUGCCCGUGGUAGGCCUCAUCCCGUUCGUGUACGCGGCGAUCAAGAAGAAGCGAAGGUCGUCGACGGCGAGGGCGGACCGCUACGCGGAGAUCGCCGCGAGCGCCGCCGGCGCGCGGGGGCGGGAGCACGCGCGCUUCGACGGCGGCGGCGCGUACCUGUCUCAGAGCUGCCAUUUCGCCGUGCGUCCACCUUCGCCGCCCGACGAGCUCGGUUUCACGUACCACGACGACUGCGCUGCUCGCCGCACGCCACCGGAGAGUCUCUCGCGGAAGCUUUCCUCGGCGGAUCUCUACGAGCGCCUGGUGGCCACGGGCGGGCGGGAGGACGCGCGCUUCGACGGCAGCGGCUACCAGCUCCAGAGCUGCCGGUUCGCAGCGCGUCAUUGGACAGCCGACGAGGUCGGUGUACAAUGCGACGGAGGCUCCGCUCGACUCGCGCAGCCGGAGGCUGUGCCGCGCCAUCUGCUUCCACCGGCCAGCCGAGACGACCCCCUCGCCACAGGCGAGACGAGAGGACGGGAUAACGCGCGCUUCGACGGCGGCGGUUAUCAGUCUCAGAGCUGCCGGUUCGCCGUGCGUCCUUUGCCGGCUGACGAGCUCAGUGUUUCGCGCGAAGAAGGCGGCGCCUCCCGCCACCCCCCGGCGCGACCUGAGGGUCUCUCGCGGCAGUUGCUUCUGCCGGCCAGCCGAAAAGACCCCUUCCACAUCGGUGAGAUGCGCUGGCGGGAGCGAGAGCACGCUCGCUUGGACGGCGGCGGUCACCAGUCUCAGAGCUGCCGGUUCGCCGCGCGACCUUCGGAUGCCUACAAGUUCGAGCUCGGUUUCUCGCAUGACGAAGAAUACGGCGUCGCCAGCCAGGCGCCGGAGGACCUCUCGCGCAAGCUGCUCUUGCCGGCCGGCCGGAGGGAGCGCGAGGUCUCCAGGUCCCUGAGGUUCAGCAGCAAGCGCGUGUUCGCAUCGGUCAGUGGCGCCUAACAUGCCUUGUUGCUUUCUGUCGAGCAGUUUCCGUGCAGCGCCAGACCGUUGCGAAACCGCGGUGAGCUUUGAGUGCUUUGACGUGUCGGGCAUCUGAAUAUAUUCGACGCAUAUUUCAAAUUUGGAACAAUUGUUUGAUCAAUGUGUCUAUAUUUUUUAUUUUUAAAAAGGUGUCUACACUUUUUUUAUCUUGUGAUGGUCCACAAAAGAAAAUGGUUGAAGAGUGACUAGGACGCCAGCAUAAGAAUCGGAGGAGUACGUAAA